AUGGUCAUGGGGAUCUCGUUUGUUGCUCCCAAAGUCUCGGAGCGUUUCCACGCCAUCGGAGAGGAGCUGGCUACGGGGAAGUACGACCUGGUCGCGCUACAAGAGGUUUGGAGUGAGGCCCUGUAUGAGAAGCUGGUGUCACAGGUGGAAGAUGUGCUCCCGUAUCAUCACUACUUCUACAGUGGCUGGAAUGGGAGUGGUGUCUGCGUGUUCUCCAAGCAUCCCAUAAUAGGUGCGUGUCAGUAUCGCUUUACGCUGAACGGCCACGCCCACAAACUCUUCCAUGCAGACUGGUACGGCGGAAAGGUUGUGGGGUUGUGCCGCAUACAGUACGCCGGGACAGAGAUCAACUUCUACGCCUCACACACCCAUGCGGAGUACAACCACGACAAUGAUGAGUACAGGGCACACCGAGUGUCGCAGGCUUUCGAACUCAGUCAAUUCAUCCGCUACACAGGCCAGUCAGCAGAUGUGAACAUUUUAGCAGGAGAUUUGAACAACCAGCCGUUUGAGCUGGGGCUGAAAAUCAUCCAGUCCAACUCUGGCAUGGAGGAUGCCUGGCUAACAGCCGAGCACAAGAACUCGGAAGACUCAGGCAUGACGUGUGGCUGCCCUGAGAAUGAAUUCAACUCUGGGUGUGGUCAUCCUCCCAUGAGGAUUGACUACGUUUUCUACAAGGGGUCUGCCAGGUGCAGUGUGAAGUGUGUUCACUGUGAGACCACCAUGCACAAGGUUCCUGGAAAACCCUUUAACUACUCCGACCAUGAAGGAGUGCUGGCUCACCUGGAACUGGAGAUGGGCUCAGGAACGAGUGAAGAGAGUCCAGCAAACUGUGCGAAUCUCGACGACGUUCCUCUACGCGACGACCACCUCCGCGAAGCCAUCACAAUCAUGGAGGAGGCAAUCGCCUGUACAGCAUCCGUCAGGUGGUUCUACGCAGUGGUACUCCUCCUCUGUCUCAUCCUCAUCCUCCUCCUCCCCUCCCUGCCUCUCCCCAUCCUCCUCACGUCACUUCUCAACCUCCUGUCGGUUCUCGGGAUUGGCUGGAGCUUCUGGAUGGGUGCGGUCGUCACGGAGACGGAGAGGAGGGGUCUCCUAGCAACCAGGACCAGCAUGCAGGUCCUCCUCCGCGGGAGUGGGAAGAAAAGGAACUGACUGGUCUUUGAUUGGAGUUGUGAAGGCUCUUAGAUGUUUCCUAAAACUUAGAUUUUUUUUUUUGACUGACUGAAUAAGUUUAUUAGCUUCCAAAGACUCUGAAGAGGUUUCUUAGAUGCUUCCUAUAACUCAGUGUUUUUGUCACUGACUGGUCUUUGAAAAGUUGUGAAGUGUCUUAGGUGCUUCCUAAAACUUAGGUGUUUUUUUGGACUGACUGAAGAAGUUGUGAAGUUUCUUAGCUUAUUCCUAAGACUAAGUUUUCUUGGAACCGACUGAAGAGGUUUCUUAGAUGCUUCCUGAAACUCAGUUUUCUUGGAAUUGACUGAAGAAGUUGCGAACUACU